CGUUCUGUCACUGUCAAAUGUAGAGCAGGCGACCAUUGGGGACAAGGUAGCGUUGAACAGAAGAGAGAGAGAGAGAGAGAUAGAUAGAUAGAUAGAUAGAUAGAUAGAUAGAGAGAGAGAGAGAGAGAGAGAUAGAGAGGACAGUAGUCGCGUUAUUUUCGCAACAUUUUUGUGUGCGUGCAUCAUUCUAAACUUAGUGCCAGCCAGGUCUUCUGUAUUAAUUAUUGCAUGCGUAGAGCAGAUCAUCCAGCGUUGGACUGGCAUCUGAUUACGAAAGAAACGGGACGGCACCAGUGGAAAUACUAUCUGAAAGCUCCAUUAGCCUUGCUUCGUUCGUUUUACAAUAUCCAGCAGUCACAGUCACAGCAGCCUAUUUCUGAGGACGCGAAUCGCGAUCACAGGGACCGCUGGAGAAGUCUCACGUUUGUCGUUUGAUUUAUAGACUGGUCACUGUAAUUUACGCAAUAGCCUAGUUUUCUGGACUCCUUGUACAAUUUUUUUUGGUGUCCAAAGUAGUCCGUCCAUGCAAGCCUAGUUGCUAUACCAUUUUUUAAGAAACCUACGUGACAGACAGAUUCAAUCAUUACUCUCAAAAGGGACAAACGAGGGACCAUGGUGAAUCCUGGAGGUAGCAGCCAGCCCCCUCCGGUGGGAGCAGGGUCCCUGUCCUGGAAGAGGUGUGCGGGCUGCGGGGGGAAGAUCGCUGACCGCUUCCUUCUCUAUACCAUGGACAGCUACUGGCACAGCCGAUGCCUUAAGUGCUCCUGCUGCCAGGCCCAGCUGGGGGAGAUAGGCACCUCCUGUUACACCAAGAGCGGCAUGAUCCUCUGCAGAAACGACUACAUCAGGUUAUUUGGGAACAGUGGGGCAUGCAGUGCUUGCGGCCAGUCCAUUCCAGCCAGUGAACUGGUCAUGAGGGCACAAGGCAAUGUGUACCAUCUCAAGUGUUUCACGUGUUCUACCUGCCGGAACCGGCUGGUCCCAGGGGACAGGUUCCACUACAUCAACGGCAGUCUGUUCUGUGAACACGACAGACCCACAGCACUCAUCAAUGGACAUUUGAGUUCACUGCAGACAAACCCACUACUGCCCGACCAGAAGGUGUGUUAGGAGGGAGGUGUGCAAGAAGCAGGAUGUGUGCCUUCAUUUUAACCCUAGCUUAUUGUCACCCACUACUUUCUGGAUCCCUGUACCAUCCCUCCUGCCCUGCCCCCCAGCCCUCCACCUGCUCUCCAGGCACCCAGACUCUUACCUGAGCCCCCAGGCAGCCUCCUCAAUCUACCAAGACCCCCGCUUCUCUCCGUACAAAACACCCACCCUCGUCCCCACCCUAACUCCCUUUUACGGGUGAACAUACCCCCGCUUAUGAUGCGCCUGAGAUGUGAUUCUGAGGACUCCAUGAUUCUGACACUGGACUAAAAGGAGACUUGAUCAGAACUGGAGGGACACUGAGAAAGAGAGGAAGAGGAACCGAUUUGAGGAUGGACAGAACGAGACAAAGAAAGAGAGAAAAAUACAAAAUGAAGCUAAUCAAGUUGCGGUUGUUUUUAAAAUCUGCACACAGUUGUACAUUUGUUUUUGUUUUGUUUUAAGUAUCGGGGAAAGAAACGACUGUCUCCUUUAAAUGUAUCCCUCUAUUCUUUUUCCAUCCUACUUUCCUUCCAACCUGAUAUUCCCUCGUUCUUUAUUUGAAGUGUUGUGAAGAGACUGUGUUUCUAUUUUGGUGGUAUAUAAAACAAGACUAGGUUAAAAAGUAUCCGUGGCUUUUUUGUGGAAACGUAAUACCAUUAUGAUGAGCAUUCUCUUGGUGUAUUUGUAAAACUACCAUGUAUGUAUGCAUGUAAAUGUUUUUGUCCUGACGUGGCUCACAGUACAUUCUGCUCCUGACACAGCCUAAAGGACCAUACAGACCAUAACGAAUGUGGGCCGUGUGCAGCAGGUGUCUGUCCUAUCGCCUCUGACCACAAACCACGGCCGUCAGUUUCUGUUCAUUUACCGACGAUUCUACAUGUUGAAUCACCACCGCUCAUCGACACCUAGCAGAUGAUCUACUGCACACAGCCAAUGUUGGUGUUGGUCUUUCCUGUCCUUAACCCCUACUCCUCUCCUCGCAACCUAAACCUGAACCUGAACCUAAACCUGAACCUGAACCCAUGGCUUAACAAAAGAAAGAUGUUCAGAGUCACUAAUGUAGAGAUUUUCACCAACCCUAUAAAUUCAUGAAUGAAAGAAAAAUCUAUUUGUGAUAUUUUCAGAGACAUUUGCUCCAGUAUGGUGUAUUUGAUUAAUAAAAAUAAUUAAGAUACAGAAA